CCAUUUUCCAAUCUUUUGAGACUAACUAUCUCCCGAUAGAAGGGCCUGAGACGGGAGAUACGCGCUUUGAUUGACACUUUUGGCAACGAAUGGCGAUAAACUUACAGUGAAACUAAAUUGAUUUCAUUGAUCAUAUCUGUACUCACGGCUGGCAGCAGAAAGCAGAAUGAUAACAUUCAGUCAGAAGUAUAGAUGCGAUUGUUUUUUUUGCUGGACAAAGUGUGUUAACUUCAGACUUUAAUUCUGCAUAGUUUUAAUGCCCCGUGUCGGUUGAUGGGAAGAAAAAAAACCCGCGACAAAACGAAAGGGGAAGUGUUUCGGGAGGACAAGCACUGUGAACAAUUUUGGUUCUCUGUAGUGUUCUCUGGAUCUCAUAAAUGACACGCCAUGUGGGGCAGACAGCAUUUUUUUACCCUCGUUUCUUGUCUCUUGGCCUCACCGUCACCUGCUGCAGGUCAGAUCAGACUAGCUGGAUCUGGGUCCACUCGGUGCUCUGGAAGAGUUGAAAUCUAUCACAGUGGCUCCUGGGGAACAGUCUGUGAUGAUGACUGGGACUUAAAAGAUGCUGAAGUGGUCUGCAGACAGCUGGGCUGUGGGGCAGCAGUAAAUACCUAUGGAUUAGCUGACUUUGGUCAAGGUACAGGACAAAUCUGGCUUGAUGAUGUGGCCUGUUCAGGAAGUGAGAGUUCUCUAACUGAGUGUCGAAACAGUGGAUUUGGGACACAUAACUGUGGGCAUAAUGAGGAUGCUGGUGUCACAUGUUCAGGGGUCCCCCCCAAGCCAAGGAUCUCCAUAAAUAACAGUGAGGUCACCUGGGGUCAGAGUGCCAGCAUCUCUUGUUUAGUCCCAACUCAGGCAUCAGAUGGAACUUUCAUCCUCAAGAAGACGUCUGACUCAUUCAUGGAGACUAAAACCUCAAAUUCCAACUCUACUAUCUUCAGUAUCAACAAAGUGAACUUCAGUCAUGAAGGACAGUACUACUGCCAGUACGAGGAAAGCAUUCAGGGUUCAAAGUUCUCCUCCCCCUUUAGUAACUCUGUAGGACUCUUUGUUACUGUAAGCUUCCCCAAACCCCAUAUCUCCAUCAGUCCUGCUGGUGAGGUGACCUGGAGUCAGAACAUUGCAAUCACUUGUUCAAUCUCCACUCAGGUUUUGGGUGGAACGUUCAUUCUGAUGACAACAUCAGAUUCAUUCAACAGGACCCAAAAUUCAGCUACAAACUCUGCUACCUUCAAUAUUUCUUCUGUGGACUUUGAUGAUGAGGGAUCGUACCAGUGUCAGUAUCAGAAAAAGGGCUCAAGGCGGGACUUUAAUUCCCCGCUAAGUGACAGUGUCAUACUCAAUGUCACAGUGAGACUGCAGAGGCCCAGCAUCUCCUUGACGUCUCCUAAUGCAGGACUUGUCUGGGGUCCUGAAGGUGCACAAAUCACCAGGGGUUACAGCUUUGUCCUCACCUGUUCCAUUAACUCCACAUUUUCCAGUGGACAUUUUAUUCUCAGCUUCUCUGGCUCCAACCUCACAGAGCCAGCAGUCAACAACUCAGCCUCAUUUAGUUUCCCUGUAGCGGAGUAUGAACGGCAGGGCAACUACAGCUGUGUGUAUGAGGUCACAGUGUCCACACGGACAUUCAGAUCUGAUGUAUUGGCACCGAUUAGUGUCAUCAUUAAAUUCAAUUUGAUGCCGCUGCUGUCCUCAGUAUCUGUUGGACUCCUGUUGCUGCUCCUGCUGUUGCUGUUAGUGGUAGGGCUGAGGUGCAGGAGAAGACAACGACGAGCCAAGAAGCCUGUAGCUCUCAUCCACAGUCAAAUGGCUGUCCGAGUCGGGAAUGCUUACAAGUAUGGAGAUGAAGAUGAUGAUGAGGAUGUUGAGGACUCUGUGAAUGUUGAUCUAUUGGACACUAAUGAAAAAAUCAAAGGAGGAGCUCCUGGGCUGGAUGAAGAUGAUGAUGAUUAUGAGGACCUAGUGAGUGAUGAUGAUCACGAUUAUGAGGAAGCAGGCCCAAAUGACAAAAAGUCCAAGGAGGCCUGUGUGAGUGUAGACUGUCACAGACAAGAUGAGGAAGAAACUAGUGAUGAAGAGGAAACUAGUGAUGAAGAAAACAACUAUGAGAAUGUAUCCCCACCUUCAGCAAGUGUGGAUAAUAAGGAAGAAGAGGAAACUAGUGAUGAAGAGGAAACUAGUGAUGAAGAAAACAACUAUGAGAAUGUAUCCCCACCUUCAGCAAGUGUGGAUAAUAAGGAAGAAGAGGAAACUAGUGAUGAAGAGGAAACUAGUGAUGAAGAAAACAACUAUGAGAAUGUUCCCCGCCUUCAGCAAGUGUGGAUAAUAAGGAAGAAGAGGAAACUAAUGAUGAAGAAAACAACUAUGAGAAUGUGUCCCCGCCUUCAGCAAGUGUGGAUAAUAAGGAGAAGAGGAAACUAGUGAUGAAGAAAACAACUAUGAGAAUGUUCCCCGCCUUCAGCAAGUGUGGAUAAUAAGGAAGAAGAGGAAACUAAUGAUGAAGAAAACAACUAUGAGAAUGUGUCCCCGCCUUCAGCAAGUGUGGAUAAUAAGGAAGAAGAGGAAACUAAUGAUGAAGAAAACAACUAUGAGAAUGUGUCCCCGCCUUCAGCAAGUGUGGAUAAUAAGGAAGAAGAGGAAACUAUGAUGAAGAGGAAACUAUUGAUGAAGAAAACAACUAUGAGAAUGUAUCUUUACCAUAACCAGCUCAUUAUCAUUCGUAAUGAGCUCUCGUCCUUUUGUAUGAAAUGGUAAAUGGACUUGUUCUUAUAAAGCUCUUUUAUCCUCUGAGCACUCAAAGCGCUUUAGGCAACUUACCUCUUUCAUCCAUUCAUACAAGCACUUUUGAUGCUUAAGAGUUUUCUAUCUAACAUUCACACACAUUCACACUCCAGUGGAUGCAUCAGAAAGCAACUUGAGGUCAGUAUAUAUAUUUAGCAUUAGGGAUGGGUACCGGUGUCCGGUGCCAUGAUGGCACCGGUUCUGACAUAAACGGUAGUAACCAGACCGAAAAGCAGCGCACAUUUCGGUGCUU